AUGGACACUCCACCCAAGCCGAUAGACGAAGUCAAGUUCGAAGUACGAGGUCGAGUCGCCAUCAUUACGAUAAAUCAACCCAAGAAGCUGGGCGCUUUGACUCGUGAAUCGUAUUUCCACCUCUCGCAGCUCAUGAGACACGUCGACGGCCGAAGAGAUAUCUACAUCACCAUGUUGACCGGAACGGGGAGAUUCUUCAGCGCCGGCGCCGAUGUCUUCGCUGCCAGUAGCGACAAUGCCCCUAAAGAACAAGAGUACUCCAAAUGGCUCGAAUCCUUUGCCGCACACAACCUCAACAUCACCCAGGCCUUCUAUUCACACCGUAAAAUCCUUGUCUCCGCUCUCAAUGGGCCAGUCGUGGGCAUCGCCGCCGCGCUCAUCGGCCAUAGCGACUUUGUCUACGCCGCCACGCACACCUACCUCCUCUGUCCCUUUACGUCCCUCGGUCUGCUACCCGAAGGUCUCUCCUCUCGCGCCCUAAUCAAUCGGCUGGGGCCUGCGAGGGGAAUGGAGGCGCUGCUGAUGAGCAAGAGGAUUACAUGCGAGGAGUUAGUAGGAUGUGGGUUCGUUAAUAAAGUUUUUGAGGCAGGACGGCAGGGCACACGGGACUUUUUGGAGUCGGUGCUGCACGAGAUAGAUGAGAGAUUGGGAGCGCACCUAAAGCCGGAUGCUCUCAUCAAAACGAAAGGGCUCAUCAGAGGCCCUGAUAAGGAUCUAUACGAUGCUCAAGGGGCGAAGGAGGUUUUCCAAGGAUUGGAGAUGUUUAUGAGGGGCAUUCCGCAAGAGGAGUUUAGAAAGAUUGCAAGUAAAGAGAAGGUGCAUAAACUCUAA